AUGGCUGCGCCACAUAUAAACGAUGGAAAGUCUUCCGAUAAACCCCUUCUGCGAGGCUCCUCGCGUGAGCUUUCAGUUCAGCCCAAAUCGUUGAAAGACAACAACCGCUACGAAACCUCCGUUUCGCAGUCUCCCAUAUCUCCUCUUUCCUUGUUGCUGCGGGCCGUUAUACCUUUAAUUAUGUUUAUUUUAGCUUACUGGAUCUUAACCAGCUCCACUGACCCCUAUACCUCUCUGUUUGUGGGCACAUUGGCCAGACAGUAUUUUUAUGGUGAGAGGCUCGCCUUGAGUGCUUCCGGGGCUCACGCCACAACCUUAACUGGUCCCAUCUUUCUGAAUUUCGAUUUUGAUCCAAAUUCUCCUUUCCCUGUGGAGAUGGGUGAGAGUGCUAUGGUUCUAGUAGUUGUGGUGGUCAUUUUUACGGUUUUAAUGAUGUAA